AUGUCCGCCCUGAAAGAAGCCUUUGUCAACGAAAUCGCGCACCUCCGCGCCAUUGCCAAAGACCUCCUCUUUUCCGGCACAUACAUCUACCCCAUAAAAGGAAUAAUCUACACCCUCCAUCACCGCCCCCUCUGGACCCCUCUCCUCUCGCGCUCCGCCAAAACCCUCACGCUGGGCCUCGGCAUCACGACCACGAUGUUCUUCUUCACCUACCUCCCGCAAGUGGCGCUGCUCACCUUCACCGCGGGACCCUUCCUGGCGCCCUUCUCCGCCGCUUUCCUCGUGCUUUCCGAAUCCUCCACCAUCACCACCUACCUGGCGCGCUCGUUCCUCCUCGCCGACGCCAUCACCGACACCUUCGACGCGACGCUGCUCGAGCGCGGCGAGGACGCCCUCGUCGCCCGGGAGCGGGCCGUCGCUGUGGCCCCGUCUGCGUCCAGCAGCAGCACCAGCGGUCCCCGUCUCGGCAGCCGCCUCAAGCACCCGAUCGAGAAACUCUCGCCGCAGAUGCUGCUGCGCUCGCUGCUGUACCUGCCGCUCAACUUUGUGCCGGUCGUCGGCACGAUUGCCUAUAUCUAUGUGCAGGGGAAGCGCGUGGGGCCUGUGGCGCAUGCCAGGUAUUUUCAGUUGAAGGGGUGGGGCAGGAAGGAGCGCGAGGGGUGGGUGGAGGGGCCCGGGCGGAGGGGGGCGUAUACUGCGUUCGGAAUGGCCGCGUUUGCGUUGGAGAUGAUUCCGUUUGCGUCGAUUGUGAUGGCUUUUACGAAUACCGUGGGGGCGGCGCUGUGGGCGGCGGAUUUGGAGAAGGCGACGCGGUGA